AUGGAGAGGGACAGCAAUGGUACUGAAAAUGAAUGUUACUGCUGCAAGGAUGAUUGCUACUUUCUCCAACAAUUUGGAUAUCUUGCCAAACCUCCGAUUGAUGAAUGUUGCAACAAAAAGCAAAAUGUGAAAAAAGAGACUAACUUGAGGGAUGGAGAGAGUUUGGAUUGCGAUUUUGCAAACUGGAAAACUAUCUCAAUGGAUGAUGUAAAGCAAAAUGUUAGUAUUGCAAAUUCUGUUGAGCAACAAUUGCGGCGGCUAUCUGUGCCUCUAGGCCCAUGGAAGGAGGUGGAGGCCAUGGCGGUGAUGAUGGAGGAGGUUACUCUUGGUUCAUCGGUAGCGACAUCCUUCAACCCCAAAUUUCUACCAGUAUUUGCCUACAGUGAUGGUCUCUUCUGCUUUGGAAGUCUUGUAGACUGCGCUCGAGCUAUUGAAGAUAGGGAUCUGAAACUUGCCGAUUCACUACUUGAGCAGAUCUGGACUCUUGCUGCUUACAAACCCAACGAACAACAAAGCAAAGUUGUGAAAUACUUUGCGGAAGCUCUAGUUCGCCGAGCGUACGGGCUCCAUCUUGACUCAGACAAUUUCAAAUUGCAGAUGGGUCAUCCAUUAGAUUUUCUCAAUAUGUUAGGAUUACACUUUGACAUUGCAAAUUCUGUUGAGCAACAAUUUCAACGGUUAUCUGUGCCUUUGGGCCCAUGGGAGGAGGUGGUGGCGGCAGCGAUGAUGACGGAGGAGAUUGCUCUUGGGCAUUAUUUGUAA